GGUGACAAAUCUGGUCUCGAACUAUUUAAGAAAAUCACGGGUAGAACAAUUCCGGAAUGGAUAAAAUCUACCGAGAAACAAAAGAAAUUAUGCGGAUAUAUAUCGCUUGAAUCAUUAUUCCAAAUCUCUCCGGAAUUGGGAACAAAUAUCUUGUUGAAAGAAGGAUUGCUAGAAGACAUGAUGGAUUGUGUGGAAUUUGAAUCCGAGGAAAUUCAACUGGCCAUCGCUGACAUCCUAUCAAUUGCUUGUUCGCAUAAAAAUUGUAGAGCGUUGGUUACUGUGCAUUGUCAAAAAUAUUUAUCAAGCUUGAUGACUAGCAAAAACAAUAAACUCAAGACCACGGCAGCGGUCGCAUUAACCAAGAUUAUGUUGGACGAAAAAUCAUCUGGUACGCCGGGCGACGAAAAGCAGAAUACUGGUGGAAAAGUUAGGAUAAUUGAUGAGGAUGAGGCGUUACUUUCGAAUUUAUUUGAAAACAUAGUGCUGAAUGAUGGAAAUGAUGUUGAUUUAAAGAUCAGUGCUAUUGAAGGAUUAGCUUAUUCCAGUUUAAAACCUACGGUAAAAGAGAUGAUAACCUAUCAUCCGACUUUGCUCAAAGAAAUUUUCGAGCUCGUUCAAAAAGUAAAAGCGAACAAUAACACUUUAUUCUACGGUGUCGCGGUUAUGUUAUCCAACAUCACAACUUACAAAAAGAGGUUGAGUGAGACCGAAGAACAAUAUCUUAAAUUAAAGAAAAUGGCUGGAGAGGCUUCAAAUCUCGAAUUAGAUCCGGUGGAUGAUGACGAAUACGUGGUUAAUCGUGGAAAGCAAGUUAUGAAUUUAGGCGUGAUUCGUGCAUUGACUUCUAUGUCAAAAAAUAAUAGUGAAACAAUUAGACAGGUUAUUGCAAAAGUGUUCUUAAAUCUUUCCACUGAUCAAAAUAAUCGCGGAGCAAUUGUUCAACAAGGUGGUGUCAAAUUAUUAAUUCCAUUGGCAACUAAGGGAUCAAGGGAGGUAAUGAUGUACGCAACGCAAGCUCUGGCGAAGAUAGCAAUCACCAUGGAUCCAAGGUUGGCCUUUAGAGGAGAAAGGGCUGCGGAUCUGGUAAGACCCCUUUUGAUUUUAUGCCAAGGAGAAAGUGAGCUUUGUCAAUUUGAAGCUUUGAUGGCACUGACGAAUCUAGGGAGUGUGGAUGAUGACAUUCGAAUGAGAAUAUAUAAUGCCAAAGGAAUUCCGAUUAUAGAAAGUUUACAAUUCUCUGACAAUGUUAUGGUUCGCAGGGCAUCUACGGAAUGUCUAUGUAAUAUGAUGUUUUGUGAACCAGUUUACGAAAUGUACAGUGAAGUCGAAAAUUCUGCUGCAAACAAAAUUAAAAUAUUGUUAGCACUUUCGGAUGUUGAAGAUUUUGAAACAAGAAGGGCAUCUAGUGGAGCGUUGGCAAUUCUAUCUACAAGUCCUAAUGUGUGUAAAAUGAUAGUUGAGAGACCACGUGGAAUUGAUUUAUUGAAAGAUCUUAUGUCCGAGCAAUCGAUAGAAAUUCAACAUCGGUGUGUUGAGAUCAUUAAGAAUAUGACCAAAGUCAAUAAAGAAAUGGUGGAAAUAUUGAUAAAAGCAAAAGUUCCUGAAAAGUUAACUGAAUUUGUCAGGGAAUGCAAAAUUGAGUCUGUGGUGAGUGUUGCGAUUGAGGCGUUACAGGAAAUCUCAAAAUAUUCGAGUUCUAGUAAAAAAUAG